AUGGCACGUGGUCAUCAAAAGAUUCAAUCUCAACAGAAGGCUCAGAAGAAGGCUGAAGCAUUGAGAAAGUCCCAAGGCUGCGACCAGCGCGGAGCUGCUCAGAAGGCAUUGCAUCACAAAUGCGCAGUGUGCAUGGCACAGAUGCCUGAUCCGAAAACUUAUAAGCAGCACUUUGAAAGCCGUCAUCCGAAAGCACCGCUCCCCGCCGAAUUGGAAGCUAUUCAGUCGUAA